CGCGACUUCCCGUUUGUCCUCGUGUCUCGAGGCCUCGGUCGACUCGUUCCCUUUUAUUGUGCCAAUCCAUGCUACGCUUCCCUUCUUUUCAACUUACCAUGCCUGACUAUCGCUAAACAAUUUACCGCAAAGAAAACCAGCAGCAUCAACCAUGUCGGCCCUCCUCUCGCUCCUUGGUUGGAGCUUCCUGCCAAGCCUAGUAACAGGCUGGACCCAAUCCCUCUACUACAGCAUCACGAUCCGCGCCGGCGACCCGAAGCCGCAGCCGGGCACGCCGCGAUGGGCCGAGCACCGACGGCGCAUCCACAUCGCCGUGGUCACCCUCUACCUGCUCUACACCAUCUACGAGGCCGACUACGAGCUACAACGCGCAGGCAGCUUCUACACGGACCUGGGGGUGCCGCUGGACGCGACGGAGCGCGAGAUCAAGUCGCGCUUCCGGCGGCUGGCCGCGCUGCACCACCCGGACAAGGCGUCCACCUCCGGAGCAGCGGGGGGUUCGACGACGACGCAGGCGGACAUCAACGCGUACUUUGUGCACCUCAAGACGGCGGCCGACGCGCUGGCGGACCCGGCGCGGCGGUUUGCGUAUGAGCGCUUCGGGCCCGAUGCCGUGAGCUGGCCGCGCUGCGUGACCAUUCGUGACUUUGUCGUGCGCGGCGCCCAGGGCUUGAUCCCCUACUACGCCGUGGCGGCGGCGGCCAUGUACGGGCUGGGUUUGUUGGGGUAUCUGGAGUGGGGCCGCUACGAGCGCUGGCUCGUCCUGGCCGUGCUGUUCGUCUUCGAGGCCCACAGCGUCACCCGCCCCGGCAUGCCGCGCGUUCUGGAGCGUGUGGUGAAUCCGUUGCUGGGCCGUCUGGCCGGCCGCCCGCCGUACCUGCCCUUCCAAGCGAUAGCGUUGGCGAGGAAGCUUAGUGUGACGCUGUAUAUUGCCUUCUCCCAGAUCGGGCCGCUGCUGGCGGCGGAUACGAAGAGCGGGCAGCUGGUGGUGGGCGGGGCGAAGGGCGGGGAUGACGAGAAGACGACGAGGGAAGGGCUGGAGAGGUUGGAGAUGGCGGUCAAGCGGUUGGAUGCGGAUACCACGAGGUUGUUGGAGACGGAGAUGGCACCGUUCGCGGGGGCGGAAGAUGCGAGGAGUACCAUGUCGGCCAAGGUCAAGGAGUGGCUAGUCCAGAACACGAUCCGUUCGGAUCCCAUGGUGCGGGAUGCCCUGGGGAAGUCGUUCGCGAAGCGCAGGAUGGACGCACCGGCAGGGGCUAGGGGGACCAGGUAAAAAGCAGAUAGAAGCGCGGAUUAGAAAGCAAUGUCAUUUUACUGCCCGGUGUUGUCUUUUGCCGGGUGCAGCUAUUCCGUACACAAAAUACCCCGUACUUGUAAACCCAUU